UGUAAGUGGUUUUGACUAGAAAACAGAACCAAGGGCUGAGAACGAAACAGGAAGAUUCCUACCAUGGCUGCAGAAAUCGUCAUGAACGCCACUAUCCCGGCUCAUCCGUACUUCCCUGCGCAGGCUGUACUCCCUGGCUACGUUGCCAACACGUUUGGCGCGCAUGCUUUGCGUGGUAUGUUUGCCGCAGGUGCAACCGCCAUCCUCGUACCGACAUAUCGCAUCAUCAAGAGAACGAGCCCAAACCUCCCUAAUGGCGAGGUUGCCACGGCACUGUGGUUCACUCUCAGCGCCUUUAUCCACCUCUUCUUCGAAGGCUAUUUCUCAUACAACCAAUCCAGCAUGCCAGCAUCCCUACACAUCUUCGGCCAGCUCUGGAAAGAAUACUCCCUCUCCGACUCCCGCUACCUGACCCAGGACUCCUUCAUCGUCUGCAUGGAGACCAUCACCGCCUUCUGCUGGGGUCCGCUGUCCUUCGCGUGCGCAUACUUCAUCGUCAACGGGCAUCCCCUCCGCCAUCCGCUGCAGAUCAUCAUUAGUCUCGGUCAGCUCUACGGCGACGUUUUGUACUUUGCGACGUGCUCGUUCGACAAGCUCGUUGCCAAGAUGAUUUACUGCCGGCCUGAAGACUUUUACUUUUGGUGUUACUAUGUCUUCUUCAAUGCCUUUUGGAUCAUUAUCCCGUUCUAUCUCAUUAUCAAGAGCUGCGCGGAGACAAAGCGGGUCUUUGCAAAGGUUGCGGAGUUGGAGAAGAGCUCUUUGAAGAAGGAUAUAUGAUCCCUGUCUGGCGGGAACUGCCUUGGCACUCUUGCGACAGCACCGGAAGCUGAGAUUACAUGAGCUAAUCUCAUCUUUGACUGGGUUAGAUGUUGAUCAAAGCAAUACCUCGGCAAUGCGUCUGAAGACCUCCGGACUCAAAAUAGAGAAGACGAACAUGGUUGUUGGGAU